AUGGAGGUUCUUAAGUUACUAGCUGGAGCCUUUGAAGGGAAAAUUUGGGACAUGAAAGAAGGGGAGUUCCAGAAACUUAAAUUUCUGAAACUUGAAAGUCUAAACAUUGUUCAAUGGAAUGCUUGUGAUGAUCAUCUACCCAAUCUUCAAUGCUUGAUUUUGCGAAGUUGUAGGCAGCUCGAGGAGGUACCUUCGGGUUUUGGAGACAUUCCUACUUUAGGGGUCAUUGAAGUACAAACGUGCAGAGCCUCAGCCUCUGUUGAAGAGUCAGUUAGAAACUUGAAGAAGGAACAACUGGAAAUGGGAAAUGAAGGGCUGGAGAUCAUCAUGUCUACAGUUAAGCAUCCCACUCAUCUUUUACUUGUAUUUAUUAGUGUUUUGGAAAAAACACUUGUUUGCAGUUGUUUGCCAGAAGAAGAUGAAGGCGGCGGACCUGUAUCUGAAAAGUUGAAGAGCGAUUGCAAGAACAAAUGGGUUAGGAAAUCCAGAUCCAACGGGGCUUUUGCUGUCUAUGUAAGUAUAGUCACUCAGAUACUAGUACUUGUGGCAAAACAAAUACCGUCGGUGGAAGAUUUCUUGGCCUUCAGUGGAGAUUGUACUUCUUGGCGAGCCGCGGCAAGUAUAAAUAAGUUCGACAACAAUUCCGCUGCCUCGCGUAAGGUUCCGUUGGUUAUGCUUGCGGAUAAACCAGACAGUGACGACCGUGAAUUCUAUAACCGGUCGAAAGGAAAGAUUUCGAUGCGAUUAUCGCUGCCGGAGGCAAAGAGUAAACGAUGGAUGGAAGCUGGAUUCGGAUGGCUUUUAUUAACCUCUGAAAGUUCAGGGGAGCUUACUUUGUUGAAUUUUCUCACUCGCCCGUGCAACAUUCCCUGGAAAGGAAACCACUGA